AUGGCGCCGGAAACACGGGCGAGCCGCAGGCGCGCCGAUGCGUCGGCGCUUCAUCCGUCGGUCGAGGCCGCCUCCCAUCAUAUGAGUACUGCAUCUAGCGGCGACAACCUCAGUGAAAACCCCGAGCCCAAGAGCAUCAGCCAUGACGCCGACCGUCACCCAAUAGCGCAAACAGAAACAGAAGCAAUCGGGGUGCGCGUAUACGUGAGUGGCAUAGAGAUGGCUAUACCCCAAACCUACGAUCCCGACACGUACCAUCCCGAUAGGCGAAUGCCAUGGACGCCCGAACCAGAGCCAUACAGUCCCGAAUCCUAUACAGCCUGGGGUCGCAAGCAUUUUGGUGAAGAGUGGUAUAGACUGCGGCAGACCAUGAUCGAGGAAAGGAACAUUUUCCGCGAGUACGAUCCGGUCUACCAUCAACGCCAAAGAACCCUUAGGAUAAUAGAGCAUAAGAUCGAACGCCGGCCGUUUGAACCUUCCAAUCGUGUAUGCGAUCCGGACUGGAAACGACUUUGGGCUCGGCUUUCCAAGGAAUGGGGCAUUGAAAUUGUCCGUUCCCCGACACCUGAAAAGAACAGUGACGAUAGCGAUACCGACCUCAGUGGUUACAGCACCUACGAUCCUACCCCUGAAUAUCGUACGCCGACUCCUUUUCCCGAUGACCCGUGGGAAAUGCUCGAGUAUAAUCACAAACGGUUCUCUUGGAACGAGGAGGAGUACGAAUUUGAAAAGAUGUUUCUCAAGGAGAACCUCAUAGACAGUGCUAGGUGCCAACAUGAAAACGAGCCAGGUGACGAGCCUGCCCGUGAGAAGCGGCAAUUCAUGGAAGGCUUUCGCAACUCGGACCCUCUUCGUUUCCGGAUUGAACAGGGCCGCUUUCGGGCUCACGACUAUCAAAGCGGAUGGACAACGGAGCAGAUCGAGGCCUUGUAUAAUGCCACCGUUUCCAUGCAUGAAUGGAUCAAGGAGAACCCUGCACCAGAUGAAAUGCGUCCAUACCGUUGUGGAAAAUUCGAAUCAUCUACUCUAGAACAAUAG